UGGACAUGCCAGAGGGGCGAUUUGAGGGGCCCCCACCGGGGGGCGUGUCAGCUGGGUUUUGCAGGAAGUGUAGGCAUUUACCCCCAGGUCUCCGAUGGCUGCCCAGCAGGCUCCAUGUUCGCUCGGACACAGGCCUGGGCAGUGCACGGGGCUGGCACGCAGUGGGGCAUCAGCUUGGGGGCAGUGACCCCAGCAAGGCUGGUUUGGGGGGUCAGGGGUGCAGUGCAGGCUGGGCGCUGGGGCACGGUAGCCACUCCACCUGGGGCCCAGCGGGGAGUUGGCAUAUCAAUCCCCACCCGGCUGUGCCUGUCUGCAUGUUUCGUGGUUCGGUCAGUUCCAGAUGGCCCGCCCGAUCCAGGUGAAGCCUGCCGACAGCGAGAGCCGCGGAGGUAGGGACCGGAAGCUGUUUGUGGGCAUGCUGAACAAGCAGCAGUCGGAGGAGGACGUGCUGCGGCUCUUCCAGCCCUUCGGGGUCAUUGACGAGUGCACGGUGCUCCGUGGGCCCGACGGCAGCAGCAAAGGCUGUGCCUUUGUGAAGUUCGCCUCCCACACGGAGGCACAGGCGGCUAUCCACGCCCUGCACGGUAGCCAGACGAUGCCGGGAGCCUCCUCCAGCCUGGUGGUCAAGUUCGCGGACACAGACAAGGAGCGGACCCUGCGACGCAUGCAACAAAUGGUGGGCCAGCUGGGCAUCCUGACGCCGUCCCUCACCCUGCCCUUCAGCCCCUACAGUGCCUACGCCCAGGCUCUCAUGCAGCAGCAGACCACGGUCUUGUCCACCUCGGGCAGCUACCUGAGCCCCGGCGUGGCCUUCUCGCCCUGCCACAUCCAGCAGAUCGGGGCUGUGAGCCUUAACGGGCUGCCUGCCACCCCCAUCGCCCCUGCCUCCGGUCUGCACUCGCCACCCCUGCUCAGCACCGCCGCCAUGCCUGGCCUCGUGGCGCCCAUCACCAAUGGCUUCGCAGGGGUGGUGCCCUUCCCCGGUGGGCACCCAGCCCUGGAGACGGUGUAUGCCAAUGGCCUCGUGCCCUACCCAGCUCAGAGUCCCACGGUGGCAGACACCCUUCACCCCGCCUUCUCCGGAGUGCAGCAGUACACAGCCAUGUACCCCGCCGCGGCCAUCACGCCCAUCGCACACAGUGUCCCGCAGCCGCCUCCGGUCCUGCAGCAGCAGCGAGAAGGUCCCGAAGGCUGUAACCUGUUUAUCUACCACCUCCCCCAGGAGUUUGGAGACGCGGAGCUGACACAGAUGUUCCUGCCGUUCGGCAACAUCAUCUCCUCCAAGGUGUUUAUGGACCGGGCUACCCACCAGAGCAAGUGCUUCGGCUUCGUGAGCUUUGACAACCCAGCCAGCGCCCAGACAGCCAUCCAGGCCAUGAACGGCUUCCAGAUUGGCAUGAAGAGGCUCAAAGUACAGCUGAAACGGCCCAAGGACCCGGGACACCCCUACUGACCCCUCCCCGGGGCGGGUCGGACACAGACCCCUUCAACCCUGGCCUCCUGGAGGGAAGGGAAACCAGGGUCCACGGUGUGUGUGUGUGUAUGGAAGCGGGGGCCAGGCCUGCUGGACUUUUGAGAGCUGAAUCGGACUUGACCUUAAGGCCUGGGGAGGCUACGAUUCCCUUCCGUUACCCACAGACAUGCGUAGGCUGCCCAUCCUGGACCCCGGCACCCCACAUAGGUGACUGCCACCCAGGGCCCACACUGGGGGCAUGGGGACUGACCACGCUGCCUGAGCUCACAGCCACCCCAUGAGCCUGGGCUGUGGAAAGGGCAGGUGGGCCGGCCCUGGGGACCCUGGCUGGGCUCAGGCCCCACGGGAGCUCCCUGCAGGCCCUGGCCAGCCCCAGCCUCCACCCCCUGCCCCCUUGCACCUGCCACCUUCAGAGAAGAUGAGGGUCCUGGGACUCCUAAUGCCACCCCUCCCUCCCUGCCCCAUGAAAUGUGAAGUCCCCAGCGGGGCCGGGUCGGCCGGGCCACCGUCCUCUGUGUAUAUAUGCACAUAGCCGCCAAGCGAGAGAGACGCUAGAUCUAUUUUUUGAGUAUGAAACCACGGGACCAAACUUUUUCUCCUAACUCCCUUUGCGCACCCUGUGAGUGAGGACCCCGGGCUGGGGUGUUGGGGGGUGUGGGAGGGGUCCAGGCUCUUCACUGCCAAUGCCAAAUACCUCUGACACACCCCCUCCCUCCCGGCCCACACCCCUGGAGUCGCUCCGGGCCUGCCCACCCUGCUGCGUCCCUCCAUCUUGGCCUUACUCUGCGACCACCGGUUCCUUAGCUUCUGCAGGGUCGGGGUGGGGGUGCGAGCCGGGCAGCCCUCCCUGCCCCGCUCUGGGUGGGUCACCACCCUUCCAAGCCUUCCGAUCACCAGCCUCGAGUUUAAGGUCGUGUAGCCCAGGUUGCCCGGGCACCCCUGGGAACACAGUGAACUUAAUUUUCAUACCUCUGCAGAGAAAAAGAAAAACAUUUUUUUUUUCUUUCCUUUUUGGUCUUUCUGAGCAGGUAAUAAAGAAGAAACAGACAAACCAGUGGGGGUGGGAGGGGGGG